AAUAGCAAAGCUUAUGAAUGGUGGGAGCUAGUAGAGACCAUUCAUCAUGAUCUGCCCACACAAUCUUAUCCACAGAGCAUGAGUGACUAAAAAGCAGGAAACUUGAACCACAAGUGAAGCCUGAAGAAAGAUAAGAACAUACACAAAAACAAGUACAGGAGAAUUACAAGGGAGAGAGAGAGAGAGAGAGCACUAAAGCAAUGGCCACAAGUACCAGCUUCCUGACCCCAAGCAGCUUCUGCAGCAUCCAAUGUUGGGGCAAAAGCAAAAGAGAAACAAUAACUAGAACAAGGAGCUCAAACUACUCAAUGAGAGCACAACAGCAAGAUCAAAUACAGGACGCACAACAGCAAGAACAAAUACAAGAACCACAACAAAAAGAACAAGAUAGUGGUGAUACUCCAACAAAGAAGAAAGCAAAGGGAGUGCAACAGCAGCCACGGCAACCAGACGCCAAAAGCAAGAACAUGACUGUCGAGUACGGUGGCCAGUGGCUCAGCAGCGUCACUCGUCAUGUGAGGAUAUAUGCUGCAUACAUUGAUCCCAUUACACAUGCCUUUGAUCAAACACAGAUGGACAAGCUCACUCUAUUGCUUGACCCUAGUGAUGAAUUCACAUGGACACCUGAAGCUUGCCAAAAGGUUUAUGAUUAUUUCGUAGAACUUGUGGAUCAUUACGAGGGAGCUCCACUGACAGAGUAUACACUACGCCUGAUUGGUUCUGACAUUGAGCACUAUAUAUGCAAAUUGCUGUAUGAUGGGGACAUCAAGUAUAACAUGAAUGCGAGAGUUCUCAAUUUCAGUAUGGGAAAGCCAAGAAUCAAAUUCAACAGCAGUGAGAUUCAAAACUUGAAAUAAAAGGUAAAUUAGAUUGACUUAUAUAGAUAGGUUAUGUGCAAGGGGGGCCUUGCUUUCAGACUUACAUAUAUGCACAGGCACGUCUGGUCUCUACUUAUAAAUUAACAUGAUACUAAGGUAAAUGCUCUGAUAUGGGAGAUUGACAAAAUGGAGAUGGUGCACCUCUCUGAUAUGAAGCAAAAUGGAGCAAAGGAAAAUUGCCUGUGCAAGCAAGGCCUUUUUUUUUUUCCUCAGUCAAUGUUCAUUUCGAUUUGAAGCGGGAUCACAGAAUCAGAACCAUCAGCCAGCAUGUCCUUGCUGCUUGGUGAUGCCCAUGGCAUGUAAGCUCCUUCAUGGCUGACAUUCUGAGAAUGAAAUUCCAAUUGUACUUGAUGUCAAAAAA